UCAAUUUUACGACCAAUCAGUGAGGAGGACGUGAAAAUAUCUUUAGCCAUGGUGAUUGUGUGAAAAUACUAUAUAGCCAUUAUCCACUGUGUUUCACUUCUGUCGCCCUUCGAGACUGUUCCCCCAACAGAGGUCAAUAUAUUUUCUGCUGCCUGCAAGAAAAAAUAAAUCACGAUGGCUGAUGAGAAGUUAAGCCGCAAGAUGAUUUUCCCAUACACAUACACAUCUAAAGUUGCCCAGUUUCCAUUCAAACUACAUUUCAACAAUCAUUGGAUGUUUCCAUGGUUUAUUGGAGCAGCUGUAAUGGUUUCACCUGUAUUUUAUCUGAUUCAGAAAGCCGCUAACUGUGAAGCUAAUGUAAAGAUUUGGGCUGAGAAAAGGAGGAAGGAAGAAGAACACCACAAACACAAGUGGGAUUAAACAAGAAUCUAAGAAGCUGCGUAGAAAAAAAAAACAAUACAACUUACUCAAAAUUAAAAUUUUUAUUUCUAA